UAUAUAUAACAUUAUUUCUUUAAUUAUAUCGAAAAUUUUGUUAGACAUAUAAUUCAUUUUUAAUCUCCUCUAAUAAUAUUUCAGGAGACUUUAUCCCAAACCUUACCUUCAACCGAGGUCCAGGAUUGCAGGAGCCUACUUAGUCGAGUACUAAAUGUUCCUGAGUAUUCCGGUCGUGUGAGGGGUAAGGGUUUUGGUGUGACUCCGUCGUCAUUUUAUAAAAAACCAAAAACAAAAAAUCCUACCAACAAAGAGGUGAUGGAGACCUUGGCGGAGUUAAGGGCACAAGUACUCGAACUGCAAAAGGAGAAUGCAAGGUAUAGAGAGGAAAGGCGCGGUUCCGAGGCAAAAGAUACUAGUGACCGAGCUAGUAUCAAUUGUCAACCGAAAUUUCCCGAGGGCAUUACACCUUGUCAGUUGUAUCUAUCGUCACCAACUUAUCGCAUAGUUGGCAAGGGAAAAGUGCACAACACUUCGGGUGAAUUACUUCACCAUAAUCCCCUCCCGGUGGGAUAUAUGAAAGUUUCGGUUGACCUUGUAUUAGAUACGGACGCGCUUCUACCAUUACCUGACGUUGUUUCAGAGACAACGUUGAUGCGAGAUGCAGUCGGAUCCUUUGUUGGAUGGCCGUCAGAUCUAAUUUUCCCAGAUGCCGAGACUCCUACAAGACCCACACAUAAAGCUGGUAAAGGGAUUUCAAGACGCAUCGAGUCGGUUGCAUCUCAAAAAGAGGUUCCCGGUCGAAUGUUGAAAAAAGCUGGUAAGGAUAUUCCAACGAAGUCCGGGACAAAAACAAAUCCUAAAUCUCAAAAAGAGGUUCCCGGUCGAAUGUUGAAAAAAGCUGGUAAGGAUAUUCCAACGAAGUCCGGGACAAAAACAAAUCCUAAAUCUCAAAAAGAGGUUCCCGGUCGAAUGUUGAAAAAAACUGGUAAGGAUAUUCCAACGAAGUCCGGGACAAAAACAAAUCCUAAAUCUCAAAAAGAGGUUCCCGGUCAAAUGUUGGACAAAGCUAGUAACGAAAUUCCAACGACGUCCGGGACAAAAUCUCAAAUUAUGAUGCGUCUUGAGAAAAUGGUGGAAGAGUCAGAUAUUAUGCACGGCGCCAUCCGUAGUGUAGAUAUGGAUGAAGGUGUUUUCGGAAUUGCUCAUUCCGAAUUAAUUGCAAAGGAGGACAUGCAACAACUUUUUGAACACGAAGAAUUGGGCAUCGCUGUCAUUCAUACAUACAUAUGGUAUAUGUAUGACACAUUGAUGCGGGGAACUGAAUUGUGUAACCGAUUCAAUUUUAUUGCUGCUUCCCGUAUCAACACAACGUUUAUAACGAAAAAUCCAACAUCCGUAAUGAAUGAACUAGUCGAUAGAUUCAUGGUGGCCGGCGAUAAUACUACACCCAAUUUGUAUUUUUUACCGUUUAAUUCUGGCAUCGGUGGUCACUGGGUGUUGGUUGCUAUGGAUCUUUCGAGACUAAUGGUGUAUUAUCUCGAUUCGUUACCUGGUGAUUGGAGUAAAUAUCCGAGUAUGAAGAAGACGGUUGACGCGGCAAUACUAAAAUUUAGAUCGAAAAAGAAUUAUCGUAAUAGGAAGGACAUUACCUGGGUCAGAGUUCAGUACUUUGACGAAUACAAAUCUUACUCAAGAGCUCAUUUGGAUGAAAUGAAGGAUGAAUUGUGUCAAUUCAUUAUUGAUCAUAGAAUCAUAUAGGUUGUAGUUGUUGUACAUAUAUGUAUGGAAUGUUGUUGUACAUGCAUGAAUAUCAAUAUAUUAAUGUUGUAUAUA